GCGACAACCAGCGAAAAAACAGAAAGUCUGUGGCAGAAAAGAAACAAAAAUAACUCAGUUUAAGUUUUAUUAAAUAUUCUAGAAGUUUGAAAAUGCCAUUUCUAGGACAAGAUUGGAGAUCGCCUGGUCAGUGCUGGGUUAAAACAAACGAUGGAUGGAAAAAAUACUCAGAGGAAAAAAAGAAUAAUGUUGCUGACUUCAGCUUCUGUAAGGCAGAGGAGUAUUACAAAGAAAAUAUUUUCCUUGCUAUAAAUUAUGAUGCAGCAGUCAAGAAGAGAAAGAAGGACCAUCUGAACAACAACACAAAGAUUCCAUAUUUCCAUCGGGAUAAGUGGAUAUAUGUGCACAAAGGAAGCACCAAAGAGCGGCACGGCUAUUGCACCUUGGGAGAAGCUUUCAACCGGUUAGAUUUUUCCAGUGCUAUUUUGGAUUCCAGACGAUUUAAUUAUGUAGUUAGGCUGCUAGAGCUGAUUGCAAAGUCCCAGCUGACGUCACUAAGUGGAAUUGCACAGAAGAACUACAUGAACAUUCUGGAAAAAGUUGUUCUGAAAGUUCUUGAAGAUCAGCAGAACAUCCGUCUGAUUAAGGAACUCCUGCAGUCCCUCUACACAUCCCUCUGUGUCCUGGUACAAGACAUGGGCAAGUCCGUGCUGGUGGGAAACAUUAACAUGUGGGUUCAUCGGAUGGAAAAUAUACUGCAUUGGCAGCAGCAACUGAACAAUAUCCAGAUAAGCAAGCCUUCCUCAAAGGGGAUGACCCUCAGCGACCUCCCAAUGUCUUUACAACUGAACAUCAUGCAGAGGCUAUCUGAUGGGAGGGACAUUGUAAGUCUGGGACAGGCGUCGCCGACACUGAACUUGCUCUGUGAAGACAGGCUUCUGUGGAAAAAUCUCUGCCAGUACCACUUCACUGACCGACAGAUCCGCAAACGUUUGAUAAUGUCUGAGAAGGGACAGCAGGACUGGAAGAAGAUGUAUUUUAAGCUGUUGAGAUGUUACCCAAGAAAGGAGCAGUACGUUGACACGCUGCAGUUCUGUACACACUGCCACAUCCUUUUCUGGAAGGACACAGACCACCCCUGUACAGCCAACAAUACAGAGAGCUGCUGCAUCCCUAUCUCACCACAGGGCUUCAUCAACCUGUUCAAAUUCUAAACUACACAAUAACUCUGAGAGUAAUUGAGACCAUUGAUAUGUACAUAUUUGUAUACAGUGCAGUGUAUUAGUGGGUGUCUCGAGUUGCACCUGAAGAACAUGAUGCUUUAAAGAAUUAUUAUUUUAUUACUAAUUUUUUAAGACGUACGUGGAAUCGGUCACUUUAAAAAAUCUGAAUGCCUUAGGCUUACAGGAAACCAAAAAGAAACAGAAUGUGGUCAUAAUGUAAAGUGUGUUUGAUGGCUACCUUUAAUCAGAGUGUAUUUCUCGCUCUUUGUUUGUGUCAGGUCUGUCAUAAAAAAAAAAAUUGCAAGAAAAAAUACACUCAGCUUGAUUAGCCACUGUGAACAGUAAUAAGAAUACUAUGUCAUUAAAUGUAAGUUUUUUUUAAAAAAAAAAAAAAAGCUGAUAUUAACGUAUUUGAUCUGUAUUUUUAGACUGAGUUGUGGUUUAAAUAUUUUUUCACUGACUUUCUGAGUUCUGAAAUUAUUAACGUAAUUGCUACUAAUACAUUCUAAUAACUUAUAAUUCUACAUUACAUAAAAGUACAUACAUUUGCAAAAUGCAGACAGUUGCAGGUAGAAGUCUAGUAUUGGAUUUAAGCAUGUUUUCUUUUAUAGUUAAAUUGGUGGAAAAGCUGGAACCUGUGUAUGGAGUAACUCUGUCCUGGAAUUUCCAGUUUAACAGUUUUAUGUGAUUUUUAAAGAAUAGUAGUAAUACUGGUUGUAAUACUGACUCGGGUCAAGGCAUUGUACUUGAUACUAUUUUGAAAUUGUAUUUGUAUGUAAACUAAUUUUUUUUCACUUUUCUACAUCUUUUCAACUUUUUACAAAAGGCAGAAUGUUAAGUUUUCAGUGUACAUUUUUUUUAUUGUGAAGUGAGUCAUAUUAAAUGUAUUAUUGAGCAACAGUAUGUGAGUAGCAGGGAUUAAGUUAAUUAGCUGCAUAGUUUUGUGAUCAAUGGGCCAUGAUUAAAUGACUAGAAUAAACUAUCUCAAAGUAGGUAUUGUCAAUGCUAGUAUAUGCGUGAAGGGCCUUAUUUUCACACAUGACGCAAUUAACAGUAAACUAACAUUGUGCUCUUCCAGACAGAUCCACUUAUUAUUAGGGGUAAUUAACCAAGUGGUUAAUGUAUUGGCACCCUAGUGCGGUGGUAGCCAAUCGUGGUCUUGGAGGUUCAUUUUACUCCAGGAUUAACAGGUAAAAACAUAAUUAACUACUUCGGGGUCAGGACUGGAAGGGCCAACUUCAGCCACCACUGGACUAGUAUUUAGUCAGCUGUGACUAGCCUUGAUGCUUAAAUUCCCUCUUGGGAGAUAUUAUUGGGUUUAUCAUCUAAAAUGUAGUUUAUUUCAAACAUUUAAUCAUUAUGGAAUCCUCUGACUUGCAAGUACAUAAUUUUGUAUAUUUUUUGGAAGUGGUGCAUUUAAGUCGGCGUGUUGUACAAGAACAAUGUCUAAAAGUGCAAGAUGGUUUAAAAUAUUUUAUAAAUAACAUUCUACUACAAAAUGGUAAUUUGUGUUUUCAUUUUGCAAUAGAUUAUAACAUUUUUUCCUUUAUUUAUAUUUUUGUUUCUUGUAUUCUUUUAAAAUAAACUUGCUAAUAGUAUGAUAGCACUUUGUCACUGUCCUUUUUAUUGUGUUGUUUUGGCCCUGUAUUUUAAAAUAGGAACAACAUUUACAUACAAGAGUCAUCUGGUUCCUAGUGUCUGAAUGAUCCUAAAAAUUUGUCAAGACAGAUCUUUAAGAAUUAAGCAUUGACAACAUGUCUUGGAACCCCUUGCAUACCCUUAAUACUGUGUAUCUCCUACCAUUUAACCUUUGCCACUUAAAUUUUCUAUAUAAAAUAAAUGAACAUUACUGUGUGGAGGUGCAAAAUUAUCAUUUUGUGGAUACUGUGUGUGUGUUUUUUGCUUGUUAAAGAGCCCAUGUUUUAUUUAGCUAACACAUUGGAUGUUAUUGUACAAUAAAGAUCUACCAUUGUUGUA